CUCAGCUCAGCAUGCCGUCGGUGUAUGUGAGGACGCUCAGCAGCGUCGCUGAGGCCAGCAAGACAGGAUCCGUCAAGGACCUCAAGAACUUCCUCGAGGAGACUCAAGGAAUCCCCGCUGAUGAGCAGCGUAUCUCCUACUGCGGUCACAUCUUCGAGGAUGACGAGCUCCUCGAAGAGCUCGAGGACAAGAUCACCCUCGACAUGACCCUGGAUCUUGAAGGAGGUGGCAAGAAGAGGAAGAAGAAGACCUACACCAAGCCCAAGAAGAUCAAGGCCAAGCACAAGAAGGUCAAGCUCGCUGUCCUCAAGUACUACCGUGUGGAUCAGUCUGGCAAGGUUGAGAGGCUUCGCAACGAGUGCACCAAGCAAUGCGGUGCUGGAACCUUCAUGUCCAACCACUUCAACCGUCACUACUGCGGAAAGUGCCACUUCACCCUCAUGUUGGUCAACCCUGGACGCGACCCUGCCCUCGACAAGAAGAAGGACGCUCCCAAGGAAGAUGCCGCUGCCGCUGCUGCUGCUGCUGCUCCCGCCAAGGGCAAGAAGAAAAAGUAAACGGCUCCGCUGUGAAUGUUGUCGGCUUGUAUUGAUUUCAAUAAAGUUUGAUCUGGUCCA